AUGGCCAAUCUUAGUCCUGUCGCCUUCAUCGGUUCAACCGGCGGCUGUGCCAACUCUUGUCUAGCCCAUUCUCUCAAGGGAGGUUAUAAAGUCAUUGCGCUUGCACGAACGCCUGCAAAGUUGACAGAGCAGCUUAAAGUCCAAGGCAUCGAACAGUCUGUCAUCGAUAGCCAGCUCACCGUCGUCCAGGGAGACGUCUACGAUAUCGAAGCCGUCAAACGGACCGUGGCUCCGGAGAGUAACGAUGGCACACUCGUCCAAACCAUCAUCUCUGGUAUCGGCUCAACGCCCAAAUUGCAAGCCUCAAUCAUGCAGCCAGUCACCCUGAACGACCCAAAUACAUGUGAAAAGGCUACCAACAAUAUCAUUUCUGCCGUACGCGAGGUGCAAUCAGUCGCUGAGAAGGCUGGAAAGCCCAAAAUCCAACCAUUCGUCACCGUCGUUUCUACCACCGGAAUCAGCAAGACUGAAGACGUUCCUUUCGCUUUCAGAGCGCUAUACCACUACUUCCUCGCAGUCCCUCACAAGGAUAAGCUGAAGAUGGAAGAAUCUUUGUUCCGCUGCGUGGCUGAUCCCACACCUACUGCCCGUGCGUUUAGAGGAGUCAUGGCUGUUCGGCCAUCACUUUUGACUGGUGAUUAUAACAUUGCCACUGGGAAGGGGUGGAAGACCCUCAAGGUGGGCACCGAUGAUAAGCCUGCAGUGGGAUAUACCAUUCAGCGUGCUGAUGUCGGAGAAUGGAUGUACCACGAGGUGGUUGUGAACCGGGGGGAAAACUACAUGAAUCAAAAGGUUUCUUUAAGCAGCUGA